GGACGCCUGUCACUCGUGCGGGUUGGGCUUGGCAGCGGCAUGCGGAGGCUGAGCGUAAGGUGGACAGGGAGGUGUUGAAGAGGUUUGUGCGAUAUAGGCUUUGCCUCGAGGAGGCCGAGGUCAGAUGAUUUGUGAAACCUUGCACUUACAAAGAGUUCCACUCUGUGUUGAUUAUUGCUCAGAUUAGAUGGGCUAAGGAUCUACCUGGAAUUCCCUGUGACUUCAUAGAAGCUGUAAUUGAUCAGAUUUGGCAAUUUUUCGGGAAAGAGGUGGGUUAUGAUUCUGAAGUGAUUUUGACGGCUGAAGACACCAUUGGUUGAAUACUUGGUGGAAGGUCUCAACGUCUCUUUAAAAUGGCAGGGUUCCUGGACAAUUUUCGCUGGCCAGAAUUUGAAUGUGUUGAUUGGGGAGAAAGCAGAAAUACCAUUGCAUCUAUAGUUGCUGGAGUGUUGUUCUUCACAGGUUGGUGGAUAAUCAUAGAUGCUGCAGUUGUUUACCCAACAAAUAAAGACAUGAACCAUGCUUUUCACACAUGUGGCGUUAUGUCAACUAUAGCUUUCUUCAUGAUCAAUGCUGUGUCUAAUGGGCAGGUCCGAGGUGAUGGAUACAGUGAAGGCUGCUUGGGAAGGACAGGUGCGAGAAUCUGGCUUUUCAUUGGCUUCAUGCUAAUGUUUGGAUCUCUCAUAGCUUCCAUGUGGAUCCUAUUCGGGGCAUAUGUUGUACCAAAGGCUAACGUUUAUCCAGGCCUGGCUGUUUUCUUUCAGAAUGCACUAAUAUUUUUUAGCAGCCUGAUCUAUAAAUUUGGGAGAACAGAGGAGCUUUGGGCAUAAGACCUGUUCCAUUUCAGCACUGAGCUGACUCAGGAUGUUCUGCACUUAAACAGAACCUACAAAUACACAUUGCUUUGUACCUUUUGGCCAAAUAGUAAUUUAAAUAAUUUUAGUAAUAUCUACAAAACAAUUCUUGGAAAAACUCAUUGCAUUUUACCAACAUCUAAGCUUAGAAAUUCACACCCUUGUUGCUGGGCUAAACACUAACCUCAUACAGCCAAUGCAUUGUAAUGUGACAAAGUUAAUUCCAUUGAAAUCAAUGGAAUAAAUCAUACAAUACCAAGAUGCUACAAUGCAACAUAUUUGGGUGUAAAUUUCCAGGGCUUAAUUUUGUAGUUUGAUAACUAUGUUUGAAACUUUUAAUGAGUCAUGUUAAGUGAAUGAUGCACUGUUUGAGCUGAUAACUGCAAUAUGACUGCUAGUCCAGUCCAUUGAAUAAAACGUGGAUGUGUUUUAUUAUUAUUGCUGCUUUUCAGUCUUAAAAAGAAAUCUGCACCCUAAGCAUUGUAAACUUUGGAUUUAGACAAAAUAUUUGUAGAAAAGAAUGCCUAUUGUAUUGUUUUAAAUUUUAACAGCCAUAAAGGCAAUUACUGAAUCAGAAUGUUUGCUCCAAAUUUUAUUACUGUCUGAAGAAAGAAUGCCACUAUUAAAUAUCAGCUUUUACUUUUAUUCGCUCAUGAGAAUAUUUAUGAAAUAAACCUUGUGUUAUAUUUUCUUGUUGAGUUCUCUGUUAACAAAACUUGUGAAAGAAGGUUUCCUUUGUGAAGCUGGAGAAAAUGAUUCUUUGAGGUCUUCAAAUGGCAGAUUUUAUUAGUGUGAUUUCUUUUCCCCCUUGUUAUUUGGAGUUUCCUGCUAUUUAUUGGGUCAGCUGUUCUUUUGCUAUGAAUACUUUAAAUUUCUUGUUUACCCCAUAGCAAAAAAAGUGUCUGCAAGUUGUACUAAAUUAAUAAUUGUUGAACCACAGUGAAACAAUUCAAAAUAAAUUUAUUAUCAAAAUAAAUAUAUGUUACCAUAUACUACCUGAGAUUCAUUUUCUUGCGGGCAUUCACAAUAGAACAAAAAUGCAAUAAAGAUCA